GUGCUUGACAUGAACGACAAACAGGACAGGCUGUAUGUGUGUGGCGCUCCUGGAUGCUCUCAGAGCUUCCAGCUAGAAGAGCACCUGAUCAUCCACAGACACAAGCAUGAGAUGACGCUCAAGUUUUCCUCCAUCAAGGCAGACAUAGCUUUUACAGACCAGACUCCGACUCCGACGCGAUUCCUGCAGAACUGUGAGGAGGUGGGUCUGUUCAAGGAGAUAGAGGAAGAGUUUCUUCAAGAACAAGAGGAGGAGAAAAACAAAAAGACGCUUUCCCACAAUGGGCCUUCAUGUAUGAACCAGCACCAUCACAAACCCCAGCUUCAGCUACAGCACCCUCCCCAGCCUCAGCACCCACACCCGCAGCAACCGCUGCACCAUCCUCAGGCCCUCGGUCCAAUGAUGGCACCAAGCUGCAGCCUGGCUGCUCAGCAAGCUCUGUCUUGUUCCUCCUCUUCCUCCUCCCAUUCUGGUUCGAUCAUCACGUCCACCUUAACACAUUCAGGGCCGGUUCCCGGUACGCUGUCCUGCCACCUCCACAUGCGAAGCAGACACAGCCAACCUCUGCCCGCCUCCUUACCUGGCUCCCUGCCAGACCCCGCCAUGCAAGGGGCAUCUGCUCAGCACAUGACUGUAAAAAAGCAGAUGUCUUGUGUGAUGGGUGUCCCUGCACCCGUACACACCCCCUCCUCCUCUUCACCCAAGAGAGCCAAACAGAUGAUGAGCCAUCCUUACCAGCAGCAACACCCAGGACUGGUCAACAUCAACAACCCAGUGGCAUCCAUGGCUCCCAUGAUGGACAUGCUGCCGCAGCGCCUCCAAGCCCCUCCCCUACAGCAACAGCACCGUCUCCAUCAUCAUAAUCAACAACCACAGCUUCCAGCUCCACCCCUCGCCUACCAACAGCGUUGCCAUGCUCCAUCCCCGCAGCAACUGGGAAGCAGCCGAGGCCAGCAUCUUCACCACUCGGGGAAUGUACCGCACGCCCAGUGUCAUCAUUCACCACCAUCACGCCUGCAGCAGAGCUCACCACCUGCACCCUCCUUGUCUGCCCCACCACAGUUAUCUCCAGUUGCACAACAGAUACAGCCCUCCCAGCUAUCCCAAUCCCAGCUAUCGCAAUCCCAGCACGCCGUGCAGGCUGGUGAUAGCUGCAGCGGCGGCGGAAGCAAUCGUCGCAGAAGGACAACAGAGCUCGACCCAGACGAAAGGAGACAGAAGUUCCUGGAGCGUAACCGUGCUGCUGCCACCCGCUGCCGACAGAAGAGGAAACUGUGGGUGUCGUCUCUGGAAAAGAAAGCCGAAGAGUUGACGCACACAAACCUGCAGCUCCAGAAUGAAGUGACAUCCCUGAGGUCAGAGGUCGGUCAGCUUAAGCAGAUCCUGCUCACACACAAGGACUGUCCUGUUACAGCCCGGCAGCGAGAGGCACAGGGGUACCCAACUGCAGGGGUGAGUCCAGGAGGAAGUCCCACCACCCCUGCAGACCCUGAGUCUCAGCUGCAGGCCAUCCAGCACAACAGCAUUUCCACCUCCUCAACAGCCGGAGGCGACACACUCCCCGGACUCUAACCCUUCCGCCUUUAGAUGAAAUGCUGAACUGGAUGGGG